AUGAAGCCCGGAGGCGGCGGCCCCGCGGCGCGCCCGGAGUCCCAGCCGGCCGCGCCCCCGGGGCCGCCGCUGCCCGGGGCCGGCCCGGCCGACGUGCGGCUCUGCGGCCACCUGCGGAAGCAGAAGUCCCGGCGCCGGCGCUUCUUCGUGCUCCGCGCCGACCCGCCGCGCCUGGAGUGCUACGCGAGCGAGAAGAAGUUCCGCGGCGGCGGCGCGCGGCCCGAGCUCAGCGUGAGCCUGGCGGGCGCGUGCACCAUCAGCAAGCGCGUGGACGCGCGCCGCCGCCGGCUCAUCGUCCUCUACACGCGCGACCGCAGCCUGGGCGUGGCGGCGGCCAGCGAGGCGGAGCAGCAGGCGUGGUACAGCGCCCUGCUGGAGGUGCGCGCCGCCGCGGGUGAGGCCCAGCCCCGGGCGGGCGGGCGGGCCUCGCACGAGGACCCCGGGACCUGGCUCCUCGCGCCGCUCCAGGACGUCUGGCCCGUGACGCUGCGGCCCAAGGGGCUGGGGCGCGCGCGAGGCUUGGGCAGCGGCGGCUACCGCCUGUGCCUGGGCUCGGGGAUACUGAGCCUGCUGCGGGAGCCCCGGCGCAGAGAGGCCGAGGACGCCCAGGCGUCGCCGCCGCCGGCCCUGCGCCUGUCUCUGCUCAGCGUGCGCCGCUGCGGACACGCGGACUCUUUCUUCUUCCUGGAGCUCGGCCGCUCCGCGCCCACGGGGCCCGGGGAGUUGUGGCUGCAGGCGCCCGACGCCGUAGUGGCCCAGAGCAUACACGAAACCGUCCUAGCCGCCAUGAAGCGACUCGGGGACGGUGCUGCCGGUGGCAGGGCUGAGCCGAGGGAUCCCCCCUCGGGCGCCUCCAGGCCGUCGGUUCCCCCACCUUAUGAGACCCUGAUCGCUGGUGGGUCUAACGGCCUGGCGCGCGGGGAGUGCCUGGGCGAGAGGAGCAAGCCAGCGACUCCGCGGCCCGGGUCGACCCUGGGUGCGGCAGCCUCCUACCCCGAGGGGCUAGAGCGGGGCGGGGGCUACAUAGGCAUGGGAGCCGGGAGUGACUACGAGCCCAUGGGGGCCGGGGAAGCGGGCGGCUACAUGGUGAUGGCGCCCCCAGGCCUUCGACAGGCGGCCGCCAACGCCUUGCCCCAUCAGCCACUCCAGGAGUUGGGGGGCACCGAAUACGUGCCCAUGAGCCACUUCCCGUCAGGGUCCUUUUCCUCGAGCUCCCUGCCGCGAUCCUACAAGCCCGGAGCUGGCGAGCCGGGCCCCCGUCGCGGUGUCGGGGGCAACUGGGGACCGGCGGGGACUCAGCCCUGCCUGCAACUGCCGUCCGAGCUGGCGGGGGAGUACGUGUGUAUCGAGUACACAGCCCCGAAAUACGUAGGAACGGGAACUGCUAAGCCGGCGCCCCUCGACGGCCGCCUCAACUACAUCGACCUGGAGCUGGUGCCGCCUCUAGAGGCACGAGGCGACGCCCCUGGAGGCAGCACGCUCAGCUACGCACGCAUCGAGUUCCAGAAGCUCCGGGAGGCGCGGAAUUCCUGCGGCUUUGAUGCAGACUCUCAGGCAGGCCUUAGCCCCCAUCCACACCUGCAGUGCCUGCCUUGUGAUGCCAACGAAUCAAAGUAACUUCACACCAGGGCUGAACUCCUAGGACCCCAGUGCAAGAAGAAUGGACACACCAAUCUUACUAGUGUCCCCCCAAAAGUGAUGUGCCCCCUUACUCCAUCAGGCCUCUCCUGAUGCCAGCCACAGGCUCACACAAUCCUUCCUUCUCCCUGGCUGACAGAACUGAUGGCUUCCUUACUUCCUAUAUAGGGGGUGGUCUGAGGAGGAGGAGUGUACCGUGGACUUCCACUCCCCUCCCCCCCAAUUAAAAGGUGUGUUGCUUGAUCAGCCUGUAAGUCUUAGGCCCAUGGACUUGCUGCUUCACUGUAGGGAGUGACCAAUGAGUAAGUAGAAUUUGAGGGGAGGCAGCCAAAGCAGAGGUGAAGUAAGAGACCCCAUCCCCACCCCCAUGCCCCACAGCUACCAACCACAAGGAGCCUAUUUGCAAACUAACAGUUUUAAUGUCAACAGAACCCGAACACGGGCCCACUCUGCCCCCAGGAGAGCCAUGGACAUGGGUGUCUGGGGACUAGGGGAGAUCUGGGUCAGUGAAGUGAGAACAGUCACCACUGGAGCCCAGGGACUCAGAGACAGGGUCUGGGGAGGCAGCAGGGGGUGUGGGACCCCCUGAGGCAGCAGAGGAACUGGGUCUUGGCUCCCCCUGGCUCAUCUGCAGAAGGCCAGUGAGGGCAAUCAGCUCAGGCCCACUGAGCCAGGCAGUGGAGCAGCCAGCAGUCGGUGUGGGGAGGACCCGGGGGGACAUGAUAGGGGGUGGGAGCAGCAGCUUCAGAGAGCCCAUCACCUGAGGAGAGAGGAGGCAGAAGUGGCUCCUCCCAACCCCAGCUCGGAGGCAGGGCUGAGGCAAGGCAGAAUGAGUGCUCACCUGCUGAGGGGCCUCAGACAGGUACAGGGGAACACGCUGCUGCCCACGGGGCAGCAGAGGGUCUGAAAGAAAGACAUCUUCACAGCACAUCACAGGGAACCCUGGAGAGGAGAGGUUGCUAGGGUGGUUGGCUGGAGGUCCCUCACUCCACCACCCAAGGGAACGGUGGGAAGUACCUGCAUCCCUGGGCACCUGCUCUCUAUUCUGAUGUCCUGUGGUGGGGGCCCGGGGCCCAAGGCCCCUUCCUGAGGCGGCUUCAUAGAGAGGCCAGAAUGAGGGAUGACACAAGGUCCGGCCUGAGAAAGAGGCACCAGAAGAACAGCCAGGUCCCUGUGGAGAGGACAGGACAGGAGAGACCACUGUUGCCUCAAUCCCCUCCCAAGGAAUCCCUGCCCCCCAAGAAGCCAGAAUCAUAGGUACCCCCAACUCACCCACACCAGCUGAGCUCCUGCUUUAGCCUCAUAGUUGGGGUCCCAGGGUGCCAGCAGGGUCAUCCCUGAAGGGGCCACCUCCCAAGACAUCUGGGAGGAGAGGGGAACUGGGGGAUGGGGGGAGGCAAACCUUAGAGAUCAAAACAGGCGUGGGGGGUGGGGGAGCCUCCCUGGUGGCACAAGGGGUUAAGAUGCAACCUAUGAAGUUAUCCCCAGUCACUGCAGCAUGAGUUCGAUCCCUGGCCAGCCCACAAGGCGCAGCAGACCUCUCCUGACUUGCGGGCUGCUCCCCUCAGCAGUGUCUUUCAGUAGCUCCGCCUGUUCUGUUCCCUGCUCUGUCUCUGGUGAAUCCUCUCACCCUCACCCCCACACACAUACCUCUGGCCUGUACCCCAGUUCUUGUAUGCAUAAAUAAGUAAAUCUUAAAAAAAA